AUGAGAUUCUCUGUUGCUGCGUUGUCCACCCUCCUGGCGCCCUCGGCGGCACUGAGCUUGUUCAACAGUGAAUCCCAGAGGGCCAUCACUUCUAAUGACGACUUGAAGAUUCCCGGGGAGUCUCCGCUGGAGCACUGCUCUGACAGGAAGGCUGAAGGAUAUGUUGAGAUAAAGAGCGUGGAUUUGGCCCCGAACCCUCCUUCUGCUGGCCAGGAUCUCGUCAUAAAGGCAGAGGGAACCGUCAAGAAGACCAUUAAAGAGGGCGCAUAUAUCGAUCUGACUGUCAAGUAUGGGCUUAUCAGACUUCUCAAGACCAAAGCCGAUCUGUGUGAGCAAAUGGGGGAAGUUGAUUUGAAAUGUCCCGUCGAACCCGGCGAUAGGGUCAUCACCAAGACUGUUCAACUGCCCAAAGAGAUCCCGCCCGGCACCUAUAACGUCGAGGCUGAUGUCUUCGCUGCUAACGGAGAGAGAAUCACCUGCUUGACUGCUACUGUGAAGUUCAACAUGCCCGGAAUGGAUUUCCUUGGCGGCGAGUUGUAA